AUGGUUUCGCUGCAGUUUAUCGUGACCGUUGUUACGAGCGCAGCCUUACUUGCUCCUUCAUCUCUUGCACACUCAGUAAAGCGAAAUCCUGUCAGCGUCAUCUCUCUAGUCCAUGAUCCCGUCAUCAAGACGCCAUCACAUCGCGUCCAUGCAUUCUCCAAAUUCGAUAUUACCUUUUCAUUACAUCACGGCCAGCACCAGCAAAAGAUUCGUCUGGCACUAGAACCCAAUCACGAUGUCCUCCAUGAAGACUUUUCCAUCACACACUUGAGCGAAGACGGGUCAGUCCGGGAAGUCAAAAAGGUUCCCCGUUUGGAAGACAGGGUGUACCGCGGAGACGCAUUCAUCGAGCGCCCAGGCACUUCAGGAUGGUCCAAGGCUGGCUGGGCACGCGUGACGGUUCAUGAGGACGGAGAGAAGCCCAUCUUUCACGGCGCCUUUCGUAUCGACGGCGACAACCACCACGUUCUCCCGCGAUCCGACUACCAAUCAAUAAAGGACGAGAGAGAUCCCCUUGUCGACGCGUCUGCCAACGACCAAGUGAUGGUGGUGUGGCGCGAUUCCGAUGUCAUGGACCAUCACGACGGACAUGGCGAGCUGAAGCGCCAUCUUGCCGAUUCGUCCAAAUGCAACGCCGACGCCCUCGAGUUUAACCGCCAGCUUCGGCCAGAAAGCCUAGAGCUUAGAUCUACGAGCUUUUCAUCUCUCUUUGGUCGGCAGAUUGAUGGCAACGGUGGCGGUACGGGCCUCAACUUGCUCGAUUCCAUUGGAAGCUCGGCUGGCUGUCCAACGACCAAGAAGGUGGCUCUGGUUGGUAUCGCGACCGACUGCAACUACUUUUCGGCAUUCAACAACACGAAUGCCAUCAAGAGGCAAGUCAUCGGCGUCGUUAACUCAGCCUCUGAGCUUUACGAGAGCACCUUCAAGAUCUCACUGGCUAUCAGGAACCUGACGGUGAUCGAUCGAGGGUGCGCCGGUGCAUCAACAACUGCCAACACGCAGUGGAACGUUGAAUGCAGCGAUGGUGUUACUAUCACUGAUCGCCUCAACACGUUUUCCAAGUGGCGUGCCGGGUCCAAGGAUGACAAUGCCUUCUGGUCGCUCUUCACGACCUGUGCCACAGAUACCGCCGUUGGCCUGGCCUGGCGAGGCAUGCUUUGCCGGGCUGGCGCGAGCGGUGAGGGUGACGGCGCUAAAAAUGAGACCGUUGCUGCCACCAAUGUCGUUGUCAAGACGGCUACCGAGUGGCAGAUAUUUGCCCAUGAAACCGGACAUACCUUUGGGGCCGUCCACGACUGUGUGUCGCAGACGUGCCCGGCCAACGGGCCGUCACAAGCUUGCUGUCCACUGAGCAAAGACCAAUGUAAUGCUGGUGGAAAGUACAUCAUGAACCCUUCUACCGGCAACGGCGUCACGGCCUUCUCGCCCUGCAGCAUCGGCAACAUAUGCUCGGGCCUCAAGUCCAACCAGAUCAAGGGCAGCUGCCUCACGGACAACAAGAAUGUCCAAACCGAUGUCAACAUUGGCAGCCAGUGUGGCAACGGUAUUGUCGAGGCCGGCGAGGACUGCGACUGCGGCGGCGAAGCAGGCUGCAACGGAAACAAGUGCUGCGACCCCAAAACGUGCAAGUUUACCAGCGGCUCUGUGUGUGACCCUUCCAACGAGGACUGCUGCACUGAUCAGUGCAAGUUUGCCUCGAGCGGCAUCGUCUGCCGCCCCAGCACAGGCGAAUGCGAUAUCCAGGAAACCUGCCCCGGCGACAAGGCUGCCUGCCCGGCCGACAAGCACAAGAGCAACGGCGACUCGUGCGGCAACGGGCUCCAGUGCGCCUCGGGCCAGUGCACCUCGCCCGACCUGCAAUGCCAGCACAUGGCCAACAGCUUGACGGGGCGAAACAACACCAAGGCUUGUCCCGAGACGGAGUGCAUGCUCGCCUGUACGUCGCCCGAUCUCCCCUCCAACCAGUGCAUCACGUACAACCAGUUCUUUGUGGACGGGACCAGCUGCGGCGCCGGCGGCCACUGCCUCAACGGUAACUGUCAGGGCAGCUCGACGCUCAAGGAAAUCGGACAAUGGAUCGACCGCCACAAGGCAAUCUUCAUUCCCGUCGUCUGCGUCGUCGGGCUGCUGAUUGUCAUUGUCAUUGCUAGCUGCACCACGAGCAGCAUCCGACGCUGCGUGAUGAAGCGGAGGACGGGGAGGCCCCAGGCUGCGCCCGGGAUGAACGGCUGGCCCUCUUCAUCCUACGGCGAACAGCAGCAAUGGGGCGGUGUUCGGGGGGGGUGGAACGGACCACGACCGACGGAGUCGUCUGGUGCUCUGUUUCCCUCGGGGCCGCAGCAUCAGCAUCAACAGCAGCAGAGUGGAUUUUACGACGCGCCGCCGUAUCCGCCUGCCCCGGCGGCGGCGAACGCGGAUGGGAGGUGGAGAAAUCAGGGGGGCAUGCGGUACAUGUAG